AUGGAGAAAAUAGAAAGGCAUACAUUCAAGGUUUUUAAUCAAGACUUUACAGUCGACAAAAGGUUUGCCUUGAUCAAAGAAAUUGGCCAUGGUGCAUAUGGUGUAGUAUGUUCAGCUCGUUUCACUGAAGCUGCUGAUGACACAACUGUUGCUAUAAAGAAAGUUACAAAUGUUUUCUCAAAGACUUUACUUUGUAAAAGAUCUUUGCGUGAGUUAAAAUUGUUAAGACAUUUCAGGGGUCAUAAGAAUAUCACAUGUUUGUAUGAUCUGGAUAUUGUUUUCAAUAAUGAUGGCUCUUUCAAUGGUCUAUAUUUGUAUGAAGAAUUGAUGGAGUGUGAUAUGUAUCAGAUCAUUAAAUCAGGCCAGUCUUUGACAGAUGCUCAUUAUCAAAGUUUCAUUUACCAAAUAUUAUGUGGUUUGAAAUAUAUUCACUCUGCUGAUGUUUUACAUCGUGACUUAAAACCUGGUAAUUUACUAGUAAAUGCUGAUUGUCAGCUUAAAAUUUGUGAUUUUGGGUUAGCUAGAGGUUAUUCGGAAAACCCCGUAGAAAACAAUCAAUUCUUAACAGAAUAUGUGGCUACAAGAUGGUACCGUGCUCCUGAAAUUAUGUUAAGUUAUCAAGGUUAUACAAAAGCUAUCGAUAUUUGGUCGACUGGUUGUAUUUUGGCUGAAUUUUUAGGUGGAAAACCGAUCUUUAAAGGUAAAGAUUACGUCAACCAACUGAACAGAAUUUUACAAGUUUUAGGUACCCCUCCAGACGAAACUUUACGUAGAAUUGGUUCUAAAAAUGUUCAAGAUUAUAUUCAUCAACUAGGAUAUAUCCCAAAA